AUGGGGCAACCCGGUUUUUGGGACGAUACCGAGCAUAGCGCUACCGUCUUGCGAGAGCGCCGUGGCUUGGAGCGGCAGCAGGAAACCUUGAACGGCCUUCUCGACGAUGCCGAAGAGAUUGAGCUGUGGCGUGAGCUGUUAGCGGAGGGAGAAGUGGACGACCAAUUGGGGUCCUUUCUGGAUCGUCUGGAAGAUCACCUUCCUCGCCUCGACCUACAGCUGAAGCUAUCCGGUGAGGACGACGAGAAAAGCGCCAUCGUGACCCUGCAUCCGGGGGCAGGGGGCACCGAGUCCCAGGAUUGGGCGGAGAUGUUGCUGCGCAUGUAUUUGCGCUGGUCCGAGCAAAACGAUUUCAGCAUCGAAUUGCUUGACCGGUUGGACGGAGAAGAAGCGGGUAUCAAGAGCGUAACCUUCGCGGUGCGGGGUCCUUUUGCCUAUGGUUAUCUGAAAGAGGGUAAUGGUGUUCACCGCUUGGUGCGGAUCAGCCCUUUCGAUGCGGCUAAGCGCCGACACACUUCGUUCGCCUCGGUCUACGUCUACCCGGAAAUUGACGAUACGGUGGAGAUCGAGGUCCUCGACAAGGAUUUGCGGAUCGACACUUUUCGGGCCUCUGGAGCAGGCGGUCAGCACGUCAACAAGACGGACUCUGCGGUGCGAAUCACCCACCUUCCUACCAAUAUUGUGGUCUCCUGCCAGAACGAACGAAGCCAGAUCAAGAAUCGCUCCACUGCCAUGAAGGUACUCAAGUCUCGCCUCUACCAGAUGGAGAUCGAUCGUCGGGCCGAAGAGCAGGCGGUCAAAGAAGGAGAGAAGCUGGAGAUCGGCUGGGGGAGUCAAAUUCGCAGCUAUGUUCUGCAUCCCUACCGAAUGGUCAAGGACCACCGGACUGGAGUCGAAGUGGGGGACGCGGAUAGGGUGCUCGAUGGGGACUUGGAGCCUUUUAUCCAAGGCUUCCUUUCCGGGAGCAUGAAUGCCGGCGCGCAAUCCUAG